AUGAGCACCGGAAACGAACCAGCCAGCUCUAAUGCAGCACCCUACAGCUUCACUCUCAAGGAUCUGACACCAUCCACAUGGGCAGAUCACCCUCUCGGCAGAACAGCUUACGGCAUGAAAAGAGCAGGCUUCCAUCGUUGGGGAUUCGUUAUUUACAGGGCAACAUAUAACGACGAUACAGCUUGGGAACGCUAUCUCAAGGCGCUGAAGCUUACUGUACGACGUGCUCUUGCGGAUGAAGGAGGUGACGUGCUUCUUGAGCAGUACAUAGACUGGCCUGUGAUCGCUGAUCAGCCUACGCUUGAUGGAGCGUCCAAAGCCGAUGUCCGAAAGCACUUUAAUUCCUGGUGUGCAGCCUGUAGCGAAGAGCGCGAUGGUCCUGGCGCUACCAAAUCUAAGACUAAACGGCUACCACGGUUUAGGUACUGUGUUUACGUGGACCGGAAAUGCCUUGACACGCUGGCUAGGUUGCCAGCUAACCAGGAUAAGGAGGACUAUGAUGAACUUUCUAAUGUGGUGGCUGUAGUUAUUGAUGGUGCUUUUGAUAAGAGGACUCCUGGGGACGAUAAGGGUUUGUACCCUGAUAUCGAGGGCUGCACUGAGCGCUACGUGGGUUGGAGGUAUGAGGGCAUUGACAUGCUAGUCAACACGUACGAAGAGUCCCAUAACUACCCUUUAAGCCACAUCGACUACAAGCGCCCCCCUCUUAUCUCACCAGACGGAUUAAGCUCAAUGCCCGUAUAA